GACGUGCAGCUGUGGACGGCCAAAAUGGAGCUGUACGAAACCAAGGUGGUCAGGAAACGCAGCAAGAGCGAGAAGGUGCACAUGCAGUUCAGGACGCUCUCGAAGAGGCCAGCCUCCGUGGCGAGCAUCGAGGAGGUCUCGGAUGAACUCGACUUGCUCGAGGAG